GGGGCCCUUCCUGCCUGAGCUGAGGAAUAAGGAAUGGCCUGGGGUGGGGGGUCCUUCCCUGUCAGACACUCCAGUCAGACUUCACAUUCUACCCUGAUUGGACUCACUAAUGUUCACUGUAGGGUUGAAAAGUCUAGGUUGUAUUUAUGUGUAGAUUUUCUAAGUCUUCUCACUAUAGACUCUCCUUAAAAUGUUCAAAGCAGUGAGAGUUGAUUUGUAAAGACACUUUCCAUAUAGUGCUGAUGUUGUGCUUCUCAGAUUUAGUUGAUUUAUCUGAGAUUUGGGGUACAGAAGUUUGGUGGUGAGUGGUGUUUGAACAGGCCCCUGACUGGCUUUUCCCUCUGCUUGUCACAGACCUUAGCUAUCACCAUGGCAUUGCAGUGUGGUUCCAAACUGUGGAUUGUGGUUCCCAGAAUCGCCUGCUAGUGCUUUAGAACUUGUCUGUUUCCUGUUGCCUGGGGUUGAACGUUCUCUUCCUCAGUCGCAGUCCCGUAUGCUUCCAGCCUUAGAUGAGCAUUCUCGAUUCUCGCAAUUUCUUAGUGGUUUCUUCUCAGGUGUCACUGAGGCGAACAGUUAGUACUCAGAAGUACACUACUGGAGUGCAAAGGUAUUUGUUCCUGAAAUGCCUUAACAAACCUGAGAUGAAUUUUAAUAAGGAAAUGGCAUUGUGUGGCAUUGGGUAUCUGGUUUUCACACUGGUUGGUAGUGUGAACACCUGCUGAAUUAGGUAGGGCACACUCUUUUCUCGGAAGACAGAGUGAAAUGUGACAUCAUAGUGGUCUCUAGUGUAUUCCAGCCUGUUGUUUUCCUGACAUCCUCACUACCUGUGUUCUCCAUUCCAGAUGCUGAGUAACGGAAUUGUGGAUCCCUGUAUCUACAAUUCCCUGUUACAUUCUUCGUGCAUGUAUCACAUUGCUUCUCUAUUUGGAAUGUCUUCCCUUUCUAUAUUACACACUGCUUCCAUGAAAACCUUCAAGUUCAACUUGCUUGCUACCUUAAACGGGUAUCAAGUACCCUGUUAAUAAUGUAGACAACAGUAUUACCAUUGUGUGCACUCGUUUUUUAUCCCCGUGGUCUACUUUGUACUAACGGCUAAUUGGGGAAUGCAUCUUCCCUCCUGUGCUAGAUUACAGUUCUUUAGGGUCAGGUGUGUUCUCGUUGUUGUCCAGUGCUGUGUGCAUAAUAGGUUCACCAGCUGCCUUUGAGGAUCACUGCUAUCUGUAGUUUUCAGAGGAUAUAGCAUGGUGACCCCCUGUGCCGGGAGGCUUGCUAUCCAGUCAGCGGAGCUUUCCUGGGACUGGAUGAGUUGUAUGCUGCCCAAAAGUUCCACUAAUUUCCAAGACAAUUUUAUAGCAGAAAAGCUUGGUUUUAUAGUAAUUUGUAUAUUAUAUAAACAGACUAAAUGAAGGUUAAACUGUACUCUGAAAAUGAACUUGGAAUCUUUGGAAUGACUUGAUACAAGGUGAGUGGCUAAAAUACCAGCUAUAGGAUGGAGGAGUGCUCAAGUAACUAAAGCCAGGAGAAAGGAAACAGUGGUCUCAGAGUCUGUGUAGAGAUUGCUUCACAAAAGCUUUCUCCUGCAAUGAAACUGGCUGUAACUUGCAGAUGUUGCAUUUGUAGAUGUGGCACAGCUGGAACAGAGAGACUGUCACCAAGGAACUCUGAAUCAUCAGCACAUUCUCCAAGACUUUGGUCCCAUGUUAAGGUUGACAAACGAAUAUAGUUUAUGUACUAAACAUUGGAGGGAUGUAGGGAUGGUUUAUGAUCAGAUGCGAUGACUGGAUAUGAACAGACCUCUGCUUCAGUAUGUGCUCUGGCUUUGUUUUCUAAAGGAAUAGAAGAGCAUAAGACCUCAAAUAAAGAUAUUGGCCACCAUGGUAGAAUCAACAAGAACUGGCAGUGGGGAGACAUGUAAGGGUCUUUACAGGUAGAUAGAACUUGUUUUAGGUCCUAGCACACACUUAGUCUAGGGUUUCAACCAUCUUAGUUUCUCAUCUCAGUGAGGGUGGUCCUUACUAAGAAAGGCCUUUGAAGGUCAAAGUAGAAGGUGGGUGUCCAGUGUGCCUCCAGAGUAGCUUUCUGCACUCAUGGUCUUGUCUUCCAUUGUUCCUUUACUGAAGAUACUUCACAUGGUAAACUUGCUGUGCUUAUUGGAUCAACAUCCAAGACUGAAAUGCAGCUCUUGCUCAGUGUGAAUUAGUGAUCUUGGUGCUCGUCACUCCAGUCUGUCACUGCACAUGUGAGCCUGGGCUCAUCAGCUGUGUUCUCUCUCGUUCCUCCCUUACAGCAAUCCAGGUUUUAUAGGAAAUCAGAUUUUCAGAGUGUUGGCCCUAUGGGCCAGUAAGGUGUGUCUGCAUCAGCUAGCGCUCUCAUUUUGUAAUUCUGACUUGGAUCAUUGGUUGAGGUGGCGGGUUCAACCUCUCUGAGCAUCUUUGUAGACAAAGCCACCUGUUUGUUUGCCAUUGGUUUGUAAUAGGAUCAAUGACUACUCAGGAGACACCAAGCAUGCUCAGUUCUUCAGAAGUAACGGCAAUCCCCGGUUCAGAUUGUUGCAUUAUGUGAGGUCAUUUAGGCCCAAGUGUACAUGUAGAGGCUUCAGAGUUCCGUAUAGGGAAGUGUAGUCAGUGUGAACUGUGGGAAACGGCAUCUACAACUUACGCUUUCUUGAUUGUUGGAUUAUUUUAAGCAUACUUAGUUCUACAUUUUGUUUUUUCCUUUGUCUUUUUUACCCUCCUCUCCAGGUAGAAUUUCAGCUGUGUUAACCAGACUGGCUUAGAACUCAUUACAUAACUCAGGCUGGCCUCUGCUUCAUGGCAUCCCCCCGCCUCAGCCUCCCAAGUACUGGUGUCAUGUGGGUAAGCUACCAUAUCCUGCUCCUCAGGUCUAUGUGAUUUGCACCCAUUUUAUUAAUUUCUUAGAGGUUUGAAAUAGUGCUUCUAUGGUGAUGCUUUGUGUGGAGAAUGACAUUUGAUCAGGGUGUGCUUAGGAAGGUGACUAUAGUUAACCCGUGACCCUUAGAGUAGUACUGGAUUAGAAAACACAGGUGCUUUCCGAGUCAAGACUUGAGACUUAAGGUUUUAUUUGUGACCAGGUUUCCUGUUUCUGUAGAGUAGAAACCAAGUUAGUGCCUCAACUAAUUUUUCUUUUUGUCUCUCCCCUUUCUUUACUCUGCUCCAGAUCCCUGACAUCAGAUUGCACAAUUGAAACCUGAGACCCAGGUUUUGUGAGCAUAUCUUUUGGCCUAUGGUUCAGUUUACCUGUUUGACUCCUUUGUCCUAACGGUUUCUUCUGUGAUUGACAGUGUCCCUGUUAAGGGUAUUUUUACCCGCUUUUUGAAAACCCAAGGGAUUGGUGCCUAGGAUGCUUUAACAUCUUGAUUCCUGUUCUGAGUUGAGCCUGCUAUAGCAAGACCAGGAAUGAUAUGCACAUGGUGGGCAGUUGCUGCUUGAGAAGUGAGGGUUGGUACAGUAGGCUUCACUAGACUUAGCUGCAACUCAGAAUUUCUCCUCCAGCACCUGAGUAAAUGCUGAUGGUCUUGUGGAUUAAGAGUACGAGCUAAAUUCUCAAUCCCAAUUGAGAAGCGGAGGAAAUGUAAAACUGUCUCCUUCCAAGCUUACCACAGCCACCACCAUCAAGCCAGCAAACAAAGGACAAAGACUUUGAACUGCUGUGUUGCUCUGUGUAGUCCUGUUCGCGUGUGCUUUACAGACUUGGCUGGGUUACUAAGUAAAUAAAAAGUUGGACGCUCUGUCAUUCGGACAUUUUAUUCACAAGUUACCAGAAUGAGGGCUGUACUGGAGACAGCAGACAUUGCCAUAGUGGCCCUGUAUUUUAUCCUGGUCAUGUGCAUUGGUUUUUUUGCCAUGUGGAAAUCUAAUAGAAGCACUGUGAGUGGAUACUUCCUGGCCGGGCGAUCUAUGACCUGGGUGGCAAUUGGUGCCUCUCUGUUUGUGAGCAAUAUUGGGAGUGAACACUUCAUUGGGCUGGCAGGAUCUGGAGCAGCAAGUGGAUUUGCAGUGGGCGCAUGGGAGUUCAAUGCCUUACUGCUCUUGCAACUUCUGGGAUGGGUUUUCAUCCCGAUUUACAUCCGGUCAGGGGUAUACACUAUGCCUGAAUACUUGUCCAAGAGAUUCGGUGGCCAUAGGAUUCAGGUCUAUUUUGCAGCCUUGUCUCUGCUUCUCUAUAUCUUCACCAAGCUCUCAGUGGACCUGUAUUCAGGUGCCCUCUUUAUCCAGGAGUCGUUGGGUUGGAACCUUUAUGUGUCUGUCAUCCUGCUCAUUGGCAUGACCGCUCUGCUGACUAUCACCGGAGGCCUGGUUGCAGUGAUCUACACAGACACUCUACAGGCUCUGCUCAUGAUCAUUGGGGCACUCACACUUAUGGUUAUUAGCAUGAUGAAGAUUGGAGGGUUUGAGGAAGUUAAGAAAAGGUACAUGUUGGCCUCACCCAAUGUUACUUCCAUUUUGUUGAAAUACAACCUUUCCAACACAAAUUCGUGUAACGUCCACCCGAAGAAUGAUGCCCUAAAAAUGCUGCGAGAUCCAACAGAUGAAGAUGUUCCAUGGCCUGGAUUCAUUCUUGGGCAGACCCCAGCCUCAGUAUGGUACUGGUGUGCUGACCAAGUCAUCGUGCAGAGGGUUCUGGCAGCCAAAAACAUUGCUCAUGCCAAAGGCUCUACUCUAAUGGCUGGCUUCUUGAAGCUUCUACCAAUGUUUAUCAUAGUUGUACCGGGGAUGAUUUCCAGGAUACUGUAUGUUGAUGAUAUAGCUUGCAUCAACCCCGAACACUGCAUGCAAGUGUGUGGAAGCAGAGCUGGGUGCUCCAAUAUUGCUUACCCUCGCCUGGUGAUGAGGUUGGUUCCCGUGGGUCUUCGGGGCUUGAUGAUGGCAGUGAUGAUCGCGGCUCUGAUGAGUGACCUGGACUCCAUCUUUAACAGCGCCAGCACCAUUUUCACCCUCGACGUGUACAAACUUCUCCGCAAGAGUGCAAGCUCCCGGGAACUCAUGAUAGUGGGCAGGAUAUUUGUGGCUUUUAUGGUUGUCAUCAGCAUAGCAUGGGUGCCCAUUAUUGUAGAGAUGCAAGGAGGCCAGAUGUACCUUUAUAUCCAGGAGGUGGCAGAUUAUCUGACCCCUCCAGUGGCAGCCCUCUUCCUUCUGGCAAUUUUCUGGAAACGCUGCAAUGAGCAAGGGGCCUUCUAUGGUGGAAUGGCAGGCUUUGUUCUUGGAGCUGUCCGAUUGAUACUGGCUUUUACCUACCGUGCUCCUGAGUGUGACCAGCCUGACAACAGGCCGGGCUUCAUCAAAGACGUCCAUUAUAUGUAUGUGGCUACAGCACUGUUUUGGAUCACAGGACUCAUUACUGUAAUUGUUAGUCUUCUCACACCACCUCCCACAAAGGAUCAGAUUCGAACUACCACCUUUUGGUCAAAGAAGACCCUGGUGACAAAGGAGAGCUGCUCUCAGAAAGACGAGCCCUACAAAAUGCAAGAGAAGAGCAUCCUACGAGUCGCUGAGAACAGUGAGGUCAUCAACCACGUCAUCCCCAACGGGAAAUCUGAAGACAGCAUUAAGGGACUCCAGCCUGAAGACGUUAAUCUGCUGGUGACAUGCAGAGAAGAGGGCAACCCAGGAGCCUCCCUGGGCCAUUCAGAGGCAGAAACACCAGUAGAUGCUUAUUCCAAUGGGCAAGCAGCUCUCAUGGGGGAGAGAGAGAGAGAGAAGGAGACAGAAAACGGAAGCCGCUACUGGAAGUUCAUAGACUGGUUUUGUGGCUUUAAAAGUAAAAGCCUUAGCAAGAGGAGUCUCAGAGACUUGAUGGAUGAGGAGGCUGUUUGUUCCCAGAUGUUAGAAGAGCCUCCGCAAGUUAAAGUGGUGUUAAAUAUUGGACUGUUCGCAGUGUGUUCACUCGGGAUUUUCAUGUUUGUUUAUUUCUCCUUAUGAACUUAAGGAUGUGGUGAGACACUUAACUUAAGCAAAUACUGGUCUUUGAAAACAAAAAUGUAACUCUUGCAUCUCUCAGGCAUUGUUUACGCUGAAGGUUUUAGCCAAAUUUUACUUAGCAGAAAAUCAUCUAUUUGCAAGACUAUUUUCCCGGAGUUGGAUGAAAGUAAAUCUUCAACUUAAAUGAAACAAAGCAGACUGAAUUGUGUGGGGGGAAAUGUGGUUUUAGAGUUUUACAUACCAAAGUGAGGAAAGACCAAUUAUUCUCAUAGAUCAUGUAAAGCAGAACAUGUUAAGAUGUCAUGAUGAAGUGUCUUGUAUGCAUUGCCCAGUCUUAGUAGAACUUUGCUGAAGUAGAUCUGCUCAUUUGUAAGCUUUUUGUCUCUAAUUCCUGCUAGGAUUAAAAGAUGGAAUUCGUAGAGAUUGUAUGAUUAGUUAUGUCCUGAAAGUCUAAUGUGUUGUGUAGUGAUAACUGCAGGACAGCUUUGUUUGCGUGAUUGUUUUCGUUAGCAUGAGUCGAUGGGUUCUGCUUGCCAGAAGAAAGGAAGGAUGUUUUCCUGUAGGUAUUUUUGUACCACUUGUAUGUGGUGGGGCAGACUUUGUUUCAAUCCCCUUCCUCUAUUUUUUUCUUACUUAAACUGAACCAUACUCAAAUGACUACCAAGUCUGUCUAUAAUUUUCUUUUUAAUCAGGGGGGAAGUAAAUAUUGCUGAUGAUCCCCACAUUAAUGAUCAAAUAAGGUUGUUUUAAAAUACAGUUUGGGAAUGACCAGCUACCAUGCAAUGCUUGAUAAACUUAAUGCUAAGAGGAUAAUGAAUCAUUUUCUACCUGUUUCUAGCUGCUUCCUUGUCAUUUUGUAACAUUCCUUGUUAAUUAGCCAAAUGCCUUCCCAUAUGGGUCCAGUUGUCAGAAAAUGUUCAGUAUCGUGACGGAAAGUUGGCACUGCUUUUGUAUGCUGGGUUGUGGUACUUGAUAGCUUGUGAUAUACUGAUGUUGUAUUUAGAGGGGAGAUCAAGUGCUGACUGCAUACUGCAUUCUCUCUAAGUUCUCUUCGUGGUUUUUGUCUUUCUUGAAGAUGGGCCGUGUGUUUACAUCUCUGUUGUUAGAGUCAGCACGUGAGUGUGUUUCCUACAGACUGCCUGUCCGUCACAGGAAACCUCACCCUCGCUGUUUGUCAGUGUAGGUUUCUCGAGGGGCGGCCAGCAUGUUCCUAAGUUGCCAUGAACAGAGACUUCGGGCUUAGCAGUGUGCUUGUGGAGGAUAUCACAGGACUCUUGAUACAGACCUUUAUCUUGGCUUAGUAUCCAGUUGUAACAUCCAUGGGCAGUCGAUUUUCAUAGGCUGUUUCUCCUUAGUGAGGAUGGUGCAGAAUGCACUAGAGAAAACCUCUUGAGGAUGAUGUGUAGUCCUGUGUCUUCAACACUGCCUGUUCUCCUCCAUGAAAAAUGAGGAAGCUGACUAUGUACCUACUUUCUUUAUGCUAAUAACUUUUACAAUUACACAAUAAAUUUAUUAAGCCUUGUACUCAAGGAGAAUUAUUACUUUUAUAGGUCAUUUUGUAGAUUUUUUGAAUCAGAACUCAACCCGAUAGGUUUUUUUUUUUUUUGUGAUGCAUCAACCUGUUUGCAAAUGAUGGACUUGAGUCCAACCCUGACUUUGGGGAUCAUUCGGUGCAUGCAGUCUUCCUGUCUGCAGGGGGUUCUGAUGGACUGAAUCUGUAGCUGGAAAAAGUCAUUUAUGUACAAAUAGCAUGUAUUUCUGAAGAACUUAGAGUGCCUUGUACAAUUUUUCUCUCAGUUUCUAUUUUGAGGUUUAUAACCUAGGGACCAAGUAGACAGGGGCCAUCCUUUUCCUGAAUGGAGGUUGAGGCUGUGAUGUGUCCAAGGUUACAGGACCUUUUGGAAAGAUGAGAAAUCAGUUCUCCAAAUCUGGAUUCAGAGUUUGCCCACAUGUGUUUGAAUGAAUGGUUUGUUCAUGGUUUGUGACAGUCUUCUCUUAAAGAAUUAUCCAUUUGAGAUAACCUUUCAGGCUUUGAAAAAUGUUAACAAGAUCUUGGCUUGUCCAAAUUUGUAUUAAGUUGUAGGAGUUAGUGUUUCCUUUGAACACAUCCCUAUGCUUAGCAAGAAUUGACACAUUGGCUGAGUGGCCUUCCUAAUCCUCAUAUUUACAGCAGAAGUGAAUAGAUAUUUGUGUGAAUUUCUCCCCUUUGUUAAUAUUGAGUCUUAAUAAUUUGGAAUGUCAGAGUCCUCUUACCCUCUUUUUGUUGUCUUAUAGUAGGAUACAUAAAAUACAUCGUCAUGUGUCUGUGUGUAAAUAGCAGUAGGUCAAGUUUAGAGUACUAAUGUUUAUAAAUAAGGAAUGCCUUAGCAUAUCCACUAGGUGUUUAUUCUCACCAGUACGAACAUCACUUUAUUGAGUCUGAAGUCCCUAACGCUUGUCUUCCUUACCUUCCCAGUAAUAGAUACUGUGAUUAAGUAAGUAUGUGAAUUGGUGAUGGCAGCUUCAUUUCAGGAGACCAGUCUUUAGUCUGUGGGUUCUUGGAAUGAUCUUGGAAUGAUACAUGAUUAUUUCAGGCUAGCAAAAUGUUCAUGCUUCACAUGGAUAUAUGAGUCCUAAAAGAUGGCAUGCAUCUGUAUAGACAUUUACACAUGCAUCUUUGUGCUUGUGCAAGCUAAGGAUCUGAAUUGACCAAGAUUGACCGUGACUAAAAUAGUGACUAAAAGUAAAAACAUAGGUGAGGCUAUUGGUCUACAGAGGUAGGUGAGAAAUAGAAGCCUGGCAUUUAUCAUAUGAUAUCAUGUGUUUUGUCUUCCCAAGCAGUUCAUGUCUGGGUCUAGAGUGAAGGGCUUUUAACAGUGGCCUGGAGAAUGAUUGUCGGCUCUUCCGUGGGACUUCAGGUUUCUCUUUCAUUUCAGAAGAUUGUAUCCUGCCAUCCCAAGAAUAAACAGCUGGGCCGAUCUCUCCUUCAGCUAUUCUUUCUAGGAAGUGAUUGCUUUUGUUUUUAGAGAAGCAUCAAGUAAUAGUACCUGUCCUUGGCUCAAAUUCAAUGGAUCUCAUUUCCAGGGCUUCCUUUUCACUAGCUCAAAGGAUCCAUUAUCUUGCACAAAGAAGCUGAUCAGGGUUGUAUGUCCUUAUCUCUUAGAGAUGUCAGCAUAAGAAAUUAGCAGAGACCCUUCCUUCACUUUGUGAAACUUCCCAGUUAAGAAUAGAUCAGUGGAGUUAAUUGGUUCAUUAAGCAUAGGGUUAAAAGCCUUGUGUGUGGGGGGGUAUGAAUCUUUAAAUUCCUACAUUGGGAGUCUUUCUCUAUUCCAACUGAGUGAUCAUCUCAUCUCUUUGAAUAUCAUUAUUGUAAUUGAUGGAUGCAUCUUCUUUUUUACCAAAUAAAUAAGCUUUGUUAUUAGCCAUGAAAAGAUCAGCCUCUCGUCUGACUGAUGCUCUAGUACUAAGAUGGCUUCAUUCCCUCCUGCCUUAUUUCCUUUCACAUCUUCAUUGGAAAGGGACCACAUAGGUAUCUAGUGGUGACACUUACCAUUUCCUAAGUUUUAUGUUGAAAGACCAUGUGUGCACAAGACCAUUCCUGUUAAAUUACGUGACUGCAGAGCCUUGUUGGCGUACAAUUUUUCUAAGAAAUAAUAAUAAUAAAUUCGACGUUGACAAGUGUGUGUAAUACAGAUGUGAACAGACUGAUAAAGAACAAUCACUAGUUUAAAAUCUGUAGAGGUGAAAGGUCACAUUCAUUGGGUUCUGGAACUUGAGGCGGCUGGGCUGUUGGCUAGCGUAAGCCCCUCUCCAGGGAAUAAGGUCUAGCUUGGUGAGUUCCAUGCUAAGAUGGUCAGGUUAAAGUGGCUGAUGGCUGCCAGUGAUACCUGAGUGGGAAGGAAGCAGGCCUUUCGGCUUCUUGCUCUGUGGGAGUUCUCAUUGUCUAAGCAGAGUUUACAGGUGGCGGCGUCUGGUUCCCUUGUCCCUUGCUUCUUAGUUGGUCAUCUGCUCUUUCUUUCAGUACUUUCCGAUUUCCUGGUUAGUGCUCGGUUUAUUUAUUUCACAUCCUCUCUUGACGUGCACAUGUCUUGCUUUGCCCCAGGAUUGAGGACUUAUAACCAAAUAAUGAUUCAUUAAAUUACAGUUAGGUUUAAACAUACUAAACUUAGAGUAUCUAAAAAUGUUAAUGAGAGUAAAUGUUUCCAAGAUAAUUUCCUCAUAUUUAUUGGUUAAUAAUAAAAGCAUUAGUGUUUCAGUAUUCUUAAAGUCAGGAAACAAUAGUGAGUUUCCAUAGAAGUCCCUUUGAGAUGAUGGUGUCACGUGAUGCAGAAAGGCUGAUUUUUGCCAUGAAGGUGUAAGUCUGAAAUGAGUUGGUGUAAUGACAAACACUGGUACUGUAGGCACAAGUGCCUAAGCAGUGAGGCGGGGCCGAGCCCCUUCUCCUGAAGAUCGCUCUCCUGACUGGGCUUGGACCUCUCCUGACGCGCUGUUGUGAAUACUGUAGCUGCUUAGUGAAGUGAGCCCAGCUUCCAUGAGAGCGAUGUUGGUGCCAAGUCCCACACUUAGUCAUGUGUUUUCAUUUAAAGUUCUCACUGCUCACCGCUCACUACAGCAGCGUUGUGAAAAGCGAUGCCGUUCAUGUUUCUGUCUCCACUCCUUUAUAACAGGCAAGGCUGAGUUAAGUGUAAGCCACCCAUGUUUCUAGCAACCGCUAGCUGCUGGCCUGUAGCACUUUGCCGAGAAACGAAAGAGAUGCACUUUAUUCUUUAGAGGGGCAUGCAUCCUGCGCGCUCUGCUCGUGGACGGGCUCCUCCGGGCGUCGGAGCCAUGGUUUGCUGUGCCCAGGGGCUGUGUGCAGGAGCUGUGCCCAGGAGCUGUGCCCAGGAGCUGUGUGCAGGAGCUGUUGCUCUCCUGCGCCUCCUCGCUCACCCAGACGUGUUUGUCUAGUGAACUCUGCUAGGGAUUUUCUGGACAGCACAAGUUGACAGUGUAUCCCACAGCGUAAUUAGAUGAAUUCUCCCUGUUUCCCUAGUGCUGCUGGAUAUAUCAAUUUAUAUGUAACUACACACGCGCACACACAUGUUUAAUGUUCAAUUUAUCAGUAUAGCCUAGGCAUCUGAAAGCAGAAUGUCAUUAGUAACUGUGUGUGUGUGUGUGUGUGUGUGUGUGUGUGUGUGUGUGUGUGUGUGUAAAUUGGAAACAGAUUGGGCUUAUUGAAAUCUUCAAAUGGCAAUUGCUAGUAGACAAGGUUUUCCACAGUGUAAUCAAGUUUUGAGGUUUGUGUAAGGUUGCAGGUAGCCGCCUGCUUGCUGGUGUUGAUACGCUGGUUUGCACCCGACCCUUUCUUGGCAGUAAGCUUCCUUUGUUGUUUUUAACUUUAUUGUAACUAGUGAAGAAGGCUAGUAGAAAGUACACAUUUACACACUUUUAUGUGUAGUCUUUUGGUUCAUGGAAACAAGGCAGUUGAGUAUACGUAUUGUGGCUUCAUGUUAUUUAUUCAUCUUUAUUUACUUUAUAUCUAUAAUUAAAAUUUUGGUUACAUUAUAAUUCUGAGUAUAUUUUUAGAGUGUUCCAGUAUAGGUUUGUUAAGGACAUCUGAGAACUCCUAUAACAAACAGUAGUUUAUAUUUCCAUGUGUGAGGAGAGGCUAAAGGUCCAUAGAAAGCACAAAACUGUGUUCACAUGUGUGUGUUUCCACUUGUACAAAGCACAAAACCUAAUAGCACUCUCGCACAAGUGCAAGUCACAAACCCGCCAGACUUUGUCCCAGGGUUUUCAUCAGGAAGACCACAGUACUGAAAGGCUAGACAGCGAGUCCGCUGUUAGAGCUGGGGUCUCCGUCAUAGUCUCCGAAUCUCACUCUGUAUUGCUCCGAUGGAGAGAAUAAACUGCUUGUAUUUGGUGGCUAGGGAAAAUGAGAUUUGUAGACACAGACCCACAAUCCAAAAUGAAAACUGGGACAGGCGGGUUUCUGGUGGGCAGAGCAGGUGACAGACAGCUUUGUAAGUUGUAGUUAUUUGAAUAGUUAAAAAAAAAAUCUUGUCUAGAAUAAAGAUUAUUUGUUUCCAACAGUGCUCUAAAAACAUGAAAAAAUUCACAUUAAAUAGUGCAAAUACCAUAUUGAUCUUUUGUAUAGAUUUGCACAAGGUGGCGUUACUUUUUUUUCCUUAUGUGCUUAACUGUACUUUUUAGAGUUGGAUCUGUGUGUUCUGCACAUCAGACUAUUUCUGGACAGAUUCAACAUGACACUGCUUUUCAUAAUGGCACUGAGAAUUUUUUAAUGUGUUCUGUUAGUUGUUCCUCAAGACUAGAUGAGUGGAAAGCUGUGGGUGUGCAUGCCGGAAUGAAAAUGGCAUUUCUUCCCACUCACCAUUGCCCUUUGCCCUGGUUUCCUUUACCUCCACAUAGUCCCGUGUUUACCAAGAAUGAAAAGGAGCCGUCUCAAGUUCUGUCUCCGUCUUAAGAUACAGCUCGCAGAAAGGAGCGGGCCUCCUCUGUAACCUUUUAACUAAGAUUGUGGAUGGUAUAGACUAAUGUGACCUUAAAAAAGACAAGGUCUUGGUAUGUGAUAUAUCUUAGAGUCCACAUGAGCACUGAUGGUGAGAUGUCUCCCUCCAGCAAGAAGCUAGGUGUGUGUACGUACAGCAGGUGUGUGUACGUACAGCAGGUGUGUGUGCGUACAGCAGGUGUGUGUACGUACAGCAGGUGUGUGUACGUACAGCAGAAUGUUACAGCAGGUAACUUGGAGGUUGCAGGGUGGGGGUGGGGAGCUGAGAGGAACAGUGUGUGAGGAAUGUCCUUGGCUUAGCAAUAUGUGACAGUGUAGAGCAGGGAGCCUUUGACCUAUGUAUUCUGUACCUUUAAGAGCGUUUAUUACAACUCUUUGAAAUGCUUUUUGAAAUUUCUUUGGCAGAAAUGAUUUUCAUUUAUAAUUUCAUGGAAAACUGCUUUAAUUAGACUAAGUGAAAAGUAGCCCUAGUGUAAAUAUGUAUAAUUUCCUAAUUUCAUUCACUGUGAGAUCUCAGACUUUUGAGUGGCAAAUAGAUCACCAAGUCUUUUGCUCAUGGACUUCUCUGUGGGGUUUUUAAGAUGUAAAAGCUUUAUUAUUAUUAUUUUCUGAAUAGCAACAGACUGCAUUGGUGUCUGGUGACGGUUCGGAACCGUCCUCUGCCGCCCUUACCGUUCCUGCUUCAGUCUGGGAGCACCUGCAGAGUGCAGACCCAGCGGGCCUUCCUGUCUCUGCGUGGACAAAGUCUUUCUUUGUCUGGAACUGUUGGUAAUCACCGUAUGAACUGUUAGGCUUUUCUGCUUUUAUUUUUCUUUUUUGACAAAAUGGAUAUCAAAAAUAGUUGCUGUGCAAAAGUUAGUAGUCUUCUUCAAGAAGAGAACAAUUCCUUUUCUAAUAAUAUCCUGUGAAAUUGCUUCAUUCAUUCCUUUAUUUUUAAGCCAAAUGUCAGCGGAAUACUGCUGCUUUUAUCGAAAUAAUUUUGAUAUGUAAGUAUUAAUGCAUUUUAAAAGAUGUCUGCAUUGAGAAAUAUUUUCCCAGUGUACUGCCUGUGAAAACUUCGUUCACAUUCUGGUUAAGAGACCAGUUAGUACACUGAGGCUGUGUAUUAUGUACAUGUAUCAUUUUAGUCUGAUAUAGACCAAAUAUGGUUGUAAGGAGUUGAUGAACAUUAAUUUGUUAUUGGUUAGUUUUUAAUUAUUUUCUGUUGUCCUCAGCCUCUUUUGUUUUCAAGUUUGACUAAUAUGGUCCAUUUCAUUAUGUAAUUCAUUUUCAAAGAAAUUAGAAUUUACUUCCAUCUUGAAAACAGUUAAAACUGUAGAUUUAAAAUUGUUAACUAUUUGUGACAAUUCUAACUUGCCUAUACUGUAUACAGCUGAGUUUUAAAAUUGUAGACUUGUAUGAUCUUGGUUUACUGUGUUGUGUUACUGUUGUUUAAAAAUUGACAAAAAAAAAGAAGCCAAUCCGCUAAGGAGCUGUCAGUUUUUAUUGCUGACUACAAAACGCUCUGUUCUCUGUGUUCGCCUGUUCUUUUGCCAGCUGCUGCGUUAGCCUUCAGAAGUAUUUGAAAACUUAAGAUGAGUACAUUUCUUGCAAAGUCCGUUCCUUUCUGUGGUAUUUUGUCCUGUAACUGAAGUGUAGUAAUUAUUUUAUGGAAAUGUCAGCACUUCUGUACCAACUUUGAAUAAAAUGAGAAAUUUACA